GGAUGGGAUGCUUGUCCUUCACAGGGCCACCCCCCUAGCAUUUAAGUUUGUCGGUAUUCAUUUAUACACCUGAUUGGAGAGAUGCCCCAUGAGAGUAAAGUGUCUUGCCCAAGAACAACACAAUGUCCCUGGCCAGGGCUCAAAGCCGGACUGCUUGAUCUGGAGACGAGUGCACUAAGCACGAGGCCUCCCACCUCCCACAUAAAUCCAUAGACACAUUUAAUUUUGUUAGCAAUCUGAUUGUUUCAGGGUUGAUCCAAAUGCCAAAGUGACAUACACAGUUUACAACAGGAUUGGAAUGCUACUCAAGUCUCUUGUAUCUGUGACACGGGUCACGCCAGCUUAUCAACUGUCACGCAAACAAGGAAGAGACUUCAUGAUGUGUUACAAGGUGUAUUUUGGUGAAGUUAGAUUUCAGGAGCUUGGAGAAGGUUUCCAGUCCUUGAGAGUGGGUUCUAUUGGUACUCCUGUGGGAUCCAUUACUCUGUCUGCUGCAUACAGAACAAAGCUGACUUUACCAGAAAAACAGCAAGUUAUGGUGCAGAGUAAUCACUUUAGCUCUGAGCUGACCAGAGUUCCGUCAGAUCAGCUAGAUGGUACUCUGCCAUGUGUUCCAGGCGUGCAUGGAACGUUUGACUUGACGGCUGAAGCCAGACAUCACAUUGCAGAGCAGAUCGCCAGUGCAACAGAAACUGAAGUAACUCAGUCUUCAACAUUAUCUUCAAACACUCCGCCAUCUUCAGCUCACAAGGUCAGCUCCACAACUCCACCUCCCUCAAUAAGACGCUUCUCUCAGGAAAAUAGCGGCGUAAUAAAACAAAGGAUGAGCAGACCAGCAAGUUCUUUUAAACCAAUUACUUGUGCUAAAACUCGAACUAAAGCAGCCUUUGUGAGCAGCAACAGCUCACCGGAAAUAGCUAUGCUCGCAAACCUGUCGUCCACUCCGCCAUUUGCGUCGCUUUUAAGAAAAGAAAACGACAUCCAGCCAUGCAGUUUACCUUCAGAUAGCAACCUCAAGAAUUCACCUACAUUACUCCAGAGAAGGGAUAGUUCGUCUGACAAACUGGAAGGCGGCAGACCUUCCACAGUGCAGGCACCACCAGCACCCAAUCUACUAGGGUGGGACGACGACUUCGUCAUGGUCGAACUGAAACCAGCAUUUGCAUCACACUCGGGAACGUCAACCGGCGAUCUUGGAAGCUUCUUUCGCGAAUGCCAGACUGCGCCACCAUUGAGUCUGUUCCAAGAUAGCGAGGUGCUGUCAUUGGAUAACGUCAUGGAACGUUUGGACGGGGAACUUUGCGGUUUUCGUGAGAAUGCCUUCAAAUUCGACGAACUGUUAGCCGACUUGCAGCAGACGUGAAACAUGCCAGUUAACUUCUGGGAUAAUGAAUCAGAAAAUAUUGUGAAUAUUGUGAAUGAGAAAAUUUAAUUCAGCACCACUGAACGUAUAUAAGAUUGGUUCCCUCACCUGUUCGUUCGGUUUGGUGAUUUCUGGCUCAAAAUACUGCAAGAAUCGUCUUGUUCGGCGGCCGGAAAGCUCAACUAACCAGACUGCGAGGAUGGUUUUCCAAUUAUGGUCACUUGCGAUUGGUUCAAUACAGCACGCGUACUAUAUUCUGAACCAAUCAGAGUAAAGCUGCAUCCAACACUGCCACGUGAUGCAAAACCAACACCAGUCGAUGUAAACCAACAGUAACACGUGAUGUGCCUUUCCCGCGUUUGCAAACCAUCAGUUAAUUCUCUUACCAUGGACAUUUUUUUGGUUUAUUACUGACUGUAAUGUUUUGGUUUUGAUUUAAACAACAAUCAGUGGAAAAUUAGAAGAGGCUUUAUUCGCCCUUGACUAUUUCGGGAAACUGGUCGAUCCAGAUAAUAAAUACUAAUGCAGAGUGAAAUCUGUUUUAGUGUGCUAUGGUGAUAUAUCAUACAUCUGGAAGGAAAAGAAGUCUUCUGGACAUGGCUAGGAAAAAAAAGAAAAAGAAAAACCAACCGCGGAAAAAUUGUAAUCUGUAAUAUGUGUGCGAUUGUUCUCUUAAUUUAUCUCUAGAUUCUAAUGAGGUAAAGAAACAACAAAAUUAACCUUAUCAUGGAGUUUACGUCCGCCAUGUAGCCACGGUGUAAUUUAACAAAUUUGUAAUCUUUCUUGUGAAGACAAACCCGCACGCUAAAUAAAUUCAACAUUUUACCUUGAACACCUUUUAGCUCAGGGUAUCGG